AUGAAUGGAUUUACUUCUCCUCCAAAAUGGUACUUGAAUUCUUAUACAGAUACAUCCAACACAACUGAGAUAAAACGGAUUAUAUUUUUAAUAAAUGGGAAUAAUAAUUUUCCUGGAAAAUUGAUUCUUAUUGAUACAAAAAGAUAUAGUGACUUACAGCAGCUCAUAGAUUUUUUAAAUUCCAAACUCUCACAAUUUGUUCGUAGGGGUCAUAAGAUUCAGAAGAUUUUUACACCACGAGGUCGAAACCGCGUGUAUACCACAUCAGAACUUAUAAGUGGGGAGUUUUACGUAUGUGCUGGAAGUGAGCCUUUUCAGAAAAUAGAUUAUCUCAACAAAAGCCGAAAAAAAUAUAUCAAGGAAGAUAAAGAAUUACAAAUGAGUCAGCCGAGUGAAACAUAUUCAUUGCUUAAAAGACCAAAAGUGAGAGAAUUCUGUAAAUUGAAUCAACCUUCGAGGCUAUCCGUAGGUGACAUCAGUCAUCCUGGUGGUAAUGCUUACACAAACCUACACUUUAUUUCAUCGGUAAAACACAACUUGAAUUCAGACACUAGUGCUGGUAUAGCUAUCAAAUCAAAGAACAAUAAUGAUUGUUGUAUCGGUGAAAAAGUUCAAGAGUUCUGCUAUAGUGACAAUAAUAAAACAGUCAGUAAUGAACCAACAACGCAAAUAACAAAAUUACUGCGUCUACUACCCCGUGAUAAUCAGAAAUGUGCUGGACGCAAGAUAACGGUAGUACGCUGUAAUCCAGACGGUAAAGGAAGAACAAGUGUCACUGUUAUUAUGGUUCGUAGAGCUGUACAUACCCUGGGUGAAGUUAUGUGUGAACUAAGCGAAGCAUUCGGUGCACGUUGGCAUAAUGAUCCAAUCAGACAUUUAUAUUCAUUAACUGGUCGUGAAAUAAGAUCUGUAAAUGAAUUGUUUCGUAAAGAGAAAGUUUUUAUUGCUUCUGGAAUGUAUAAACUAUUUGGAAAUAUUCACUUUGAACUUACUAAAAAUAGUAUUAACAAUAAUAAUAAUAGUAAUUGCAUUUUAAAUAACACUAAUCACAAUAAUGACAACCACAACAACAACAUCGGUACGAAUAAUUAUACUCAUCAACUUUUAAAUUACAAUAAUCAACAUUAUUACGGAUUACAUUCAAAUCAAGAUAAAAAUCAUAUUGCCACAAAUAAUAUGAUGUAUUUGAAGCCAGAAGAUAUACGAAUUAUCCUGUCUGAAUUUUGGCCUGAUCAUCCUGAUCCAUCCAGUGUAGUUUAUCAAUGGGAACGACGACUUAGAAAUCGUGGUAUAGGUGUUGUUAGCCAGCAGUGUGAAGCUGACAAAAAUCAGUUAUUUGACAUAUCAAAGUCAAAGCAAACUGUGCCUUCAAAAGUAAAUAAUAAUUAUAACAACAACAACAAUAACAACUCAUUUUCAAGUGUUAAAUAUACACCAAGUGAAUCAUUAUUGGAGAAUGAGAAAAAAGAUAGUGGCUUUGAUGAGUCAAACAAUAUUCUGCCUAAAAUUGAUGAAGAACAAUUUCUUCAAGGAGAAAAUUUCACUUCACCGACAAAAAUUUCACUUAAUUUAACCAAAGAUAGUCCAACUAAGUCAUUAGUUAAAGCAGUGAAGAAUAUUAUUCCCACUCAAAUCUCUGGAUAUGGUAAAACAAACGUCCACUUACCAAACUCAAAGAAUUAUUCCUCUCCUCUAUCUGUUGCACAAGAUAAUAAUUCAAGUCUCUUAGAAAAAAGUAUUGUUGAAUUAUCACUUCAUGAGAAAGUAAAAGCAACAUUAGGAGAAAAAUAUCAGAACAGUACUGCAGAAUUAACUGGAUCAAUGUUGACAAAACAGAAUGUUUCCAAAAACAAUGCCAGUUCAAUGAUUCAUUUGAAUUCAAUAGUUCCAUCUUUACCAUUCUGUCAUUCAAUUUAUCCACAACAUCAUUUUAAGGGUUUACAACAAAAACUACAAUCUAACAAUCUUCAUCUCUCGCUUUCAUCUUUUCCACUUCAACAACAACAAGUAAAAUGUCAACAGUUAAGAAAACCGGAUAGUUUAAGCAAAUUACUAUCAAAGUAUCAUAAUCGUUUACAAAUAGGUGAAAAAGUUCUUCAAAGUGUAGAACAGCGUCGUGAUGAAUUAGCCACUAAAGAGAAUCGACUACCAUUGGUCGAAACACACGGUGACACCUUAAGGAAAACUAAAACCCCACAAGAAGUUCCUGUGAAGUCGAAUGAUUGCCAAACAAACAAAUUAUGUCAUCAAACUAUACCCACUACAAAUCUUACUACGAAUAAUGACAAAGUUGAAGAGACCAAUACAACAGGUUCAUAUAGUAUGAAAUCAAUAAAACAGCCUAAGCUAAUAAAUCAGACAAUAAAAUCAAAACAUUUCAAUCUAAAUCAACAAAUUAAAGUUAAUCCAGUCAUUGCCAACAACAUUGACAAAAAUAGAGGUGAUCCUACAGGCAUAAAUGGUAACAGACAAAUUGACAAGUAUAGUAAUGAAGUGCCAUCACAAUCCGACCCAAAAUUAUUAUUAAAACAGUAUAUAAAAGUAAAUGAAGAUAAUGAUAUUAAUAAUAAGGCAUGGAUUGAUAAAGGUCAAGAACAAAAUAUUGAUCGAGAAGGGAACAAUCAUGUCACAUCACAUCACAUUCCUACUGUUAAUCAUACACCUAAUCAUUAUCAGCAUUAUAGUGAAAACAAUCAAACUGAGCUGAAAAAUAAACAAAAUUUUAGUGAAAUUUCAACUGCUGUACAAAAUACUCCUCAUAAUCUUCACGUGAACGAAAUAGAUUUAAGCAGAACUAAAUCAUUAUCCAAUGAUCAUAAACUUGACAACAGAAAACAAGAGUCAUCCGAACAAUUUCUUAACAAGACCUUUGAUAAUGAAAAGGAUGAUGUUAAGCUGAAUGUCAAAAAUGGAGUAAUUAGAGAUAAGAAUUAUGCUGCCGGUAUUACGACUAAUUUUAAUUCUCCUAUAAAGACAUUAAAUGCUAAUGAUGCAAUCAAAAAUAAAUUGAUGGCCAACUGUUCUACAGUCAAUGCUAUUAAGAAAUCAGAUCGUGACGAGACGAAAUCGCUGUAUGCAUCGAUUGGAGUAACAUAUGUUCCAGACCCUGAAUUUUUAUCCAAGCGUUAUCAUAUUGGACGUAAAUUAGGUGAUGGAAAUUUUGCUGUAGUUAAAUUAGGCAAACGACGUGAUACAAAUGAUCAUUAUGCUGUGAAAAUAAUUGACAAAAAUAAGAUAACUGGUAAAGAGGCAAUGUUAUUACAUGAAAUCAGUAUAUUACAUCAUUGUAGUCAUCCAAAUAUUGUUCGUCUAUAUGAAGAAUUUGAAACUUCAAAUGAAAUAUGGCUUGUAAUGGAAUUUGUUAAAGAUGGAGAUUUAUUCGACGGAAUUACUCAGGCAACAAAGUUUACAGAACCAGUAGCAGCUGGAAUAGUUUCAGAUCUAGCUAAUGCAUUAUUUUAUUUACACUGUCGGUCGAUUGUUCAUCGAGAUCUGAAACCAGAAAACGUCCUGUUGCUACGUCAAAAGAAUGGUCAGAUACGCGUAAAACUAGCUGAUUUUGGAUUGGCAAUUGUUGUAAAAAGAAAUAUGUUCACUGUAUGCGGAACUCCAACAUAUAUUGCCCCUGAGAUUCUACAAGAAUCAGGUUAUGGUUUAGAAGUAGAUAUGUGGGCAUUGGGAAUUAUAACUUAUAUUAUGUUAUGUGGAUUUGCUCCAUUUCGUAGUCCUAAUCGAAGACAAUCAAUGUUAUUUGAAAGUAUUAAGCGUGGUCAAUUUGUAUUUCUUAGCCCAUAUUGGGAUAAUAUAUCUUCAUGCGCUAAAGAUCUUAUCUCUGCCUUAUUAGUCGUGACGCCAAAGUCUAGACUAACAGCUCGAGAAACCUUGAUUCAUCCAUGGGUAUUCGGCCUAGGUUCACCGAGUUCAUCUGAAGAAUUUGAAAAACGUAGACUAGACUAUCAAAAGGAGUUGGAGCAAAUACAACAUACAACUAAACAAUCAAACAUUGAAAAAAUCACGGGCAAUUUACUCAAUCACUACAAUACUACUAAUAAAAAUAACACUAAUGAAAAUAACAUUAAUGUUAUUAAAAAGAUAGAAUUACCAAAGGUUGUGAAAAUGAGUGGCAUGCAAGAUUAA